UCUUCCAUAAGAUUCUGCAGCAGCAUGGAAGCCACAAAUCAGACAAGCAUUAGAGAAUUCUUUCUUGUAGGAAUACCAGAUGUUCCAGAACUUCAUUCCUUUAUCUUCAGCACAUUUCUAACCAUAUACAUGGUAACCAUCCUAGGAAACCUGCUUAUAAUUCUGGCUGUCAGCUCUGACUCCCAAUUCCAUACCCCCAUGUACUUCUUCAUCUCCACCCUGUCCUUCACUGACAUCUGCAUAAGCACCACCACAAUCCCAAAGAUUCUGGUAAAUAUCCAAGGCCAUACUCAGAGCAUCACUUACAUAGGAUGCCUCUCCCAAGUCUGUUUUGUCCUGAUUUUUUGUGGUUUAGAAAAUUGUCUCCUUGCAGUGAUGGCCUAUGAUCGCUAUGUGGCCAUUUGUCAUCCUCUGAGGUAUACUGUGAUCAUGAACCCACGCUUCUGUGUUUUACUCCUUCUACUCUGCAUCCUGAUUACUGUAGUAAAUGCCCUACUACAUAGCCUGAUGAUGUUGCAGCUUUCUUUCUGCACAGAUGUGGAAGUCCCUCACUUCUUCUGUGAACUUCUUCAAGUGAUCAGGCUCUCCUGUUCUGAUACGCUCAUUAAUAACAUCCUUGUAUAUUCGGGGAGUAGCAUAUUUGCUGGUGUUCCUCUCUCUGGUAUUAUUUUCUCAUACACACAAAUCAUCUCAUCUAUUUUGAAGAUCCCAUCAGUGAAGGGACGGUAUAAAGCAUUUUCCACCUGUGCUUCUCACCUUUUAGUGGUUUCCUUAUUUUAUGGGACAGCUUUUGGAGUGUACAUGAGUUCUGAAGUUACUUACUCUUCCACCAAAAACAUAACAGCUUCAGUUAUGUAUAUUGUGAUUCCUCAAAUGCUGAAUCCCUUUGUCUACAGUUUAAGGAACAGGAAAAUGAAGGAAGCAUUGAAGAAUGCCAUUGUUGGAAUGCAAUUGUGUCUUCUUUGUAGCCGUGUGUGUUCAGAAUGA